AAACACACACUAAACACAUAAAUUAACAGACAUUGUAUUUUAUUAUAACACCAUUGGACGUGUUUACUUUCACUUUUAACUGGACAGAAGGAGAGGCAGGAAUUCCCCGCUCUUGUUCCUCAAAACCCAUCUCUUGAAACUCAAAUGGCCACUGUCACCGUAAAAACGCUGAAGAAAAUGCUUUCCGCGAAAUACAAGCACGUCAGUUUGGCUGCUCACGAUAUCAUCACCGUGGUCUCCAUGUACAAGGAUCUGAAACCUGUGAUGGAUGCUUACGUUUUCAAUGACGGUUCCUUCAGAGACUUCAUGAGUCUACGAGGAACCGUGCCGGUGAAUUACAGCGGAAACGUGUACAACAUUCCAGUGUGCCUCUGGCUCAUGGACACACACCCCUACAACCCCCCCAUCUGCUUUGUGAAGCCCACCAGUGCCAUGAUGAUCAAGACUGGCAAACACAUCGAUGCCAACGGCAAGAUCUACCUGCCCUACCUGCACGAGUGGAAGCAUCCCCAGUCGGACCUGUACAGGCUAAUCCAGGUGAUGAUCGUGGUGUUUGGGGAGGAGCCUCCAGUGUUUUCCCGCCCCACAACACCGAGGAUCUUGCUGACUCCUGAACACCCCAGCCGUCAAAGUCCAGCCCCUGAACACAUAAACCUGAUGGCUGACUCUGGUAUCAGUACCACAGGGAAUGGGGACACUGUGAAACCAACUCUGAGCACCAGUGACCAAACUGAAUUGGCCUCAGAUGAUUGCAAACCCUCCCUCACCCUCUCAGCUGCAGAAAGCAGCAAAUCGUCCUGCAGACUCUCAGCCCCUGAAACCCAUCCAGCAACUGCAUCGGCCCCUGAAAGCCGUCCAGCAGCUGUAUCGGCCCCUGAGAUGCUGCCCCCUGCCCUGGCUUCUCUCUGCUUGUCUGGCACCACCAUGCCUGCCUCAGAGGAGUCUGUGCUGCAGAGACAGAAGCUCCAGCUGGAGAUAGAGGUGCUGCAGCGGCAGAAACAGGUUCUGGAGAUACAGGAGGAGUACUACUCCAUUAAACUAAGACGCCUGCUUGGAGACGAUGCAUAGUAGAGUAACAGGCUGCAUGCAAAAUGACAGUUUUAGCAUUUGUACAUAACGCGUGCUAAACCAUCCCAGUCGCUUAUGACUUACUUGUAAAUUAUUGCCACAAACUCACCACUUUCUUGUCAAAAUUGUCUUUAAUAAAGUAAGUCCUUUAUAUUAA